AUGUAUUUAAUGAAAUCACUUGUAAAACUUUAUGUACCUAAAGAUAUUGGGAGGAAGAAAAUCUUCAUGCUAUAUAUAUUGUUCUUGAAAUAUGAAGACUUGAAGAGAGAGCCGAAAGGGGAAGUCUUGAAGUUGGCUUCCUUCCUCGGCCGGCCUUUGGCUAACGAUGGCAAGGCCGAGAAGAUUGUGCAACGGUGUAGUAUAGAGAGGCUGAAGAACUUGGAAGUGAACAGAGAUGGUGUGGAUCCAUGGUCUGGUUUUCCUAAGAGCUCUUACUUUAGGCUUGGUCUUGUGGGAGAUUGGAAGAAUAAGCUAUCAAUGGAGAUGAAAGAUAAGCUUGAUGAAAUCACACGUGUGAAGUUUGAAGGGUCUGAUCUUUCUAUUUAA